CUAAAAAUUGACUGGAAUUGGAAAGCAGAAUAAGAAGCAGAAUAUGUGUAUUAAUUUUAAGUGAUGGCAGCUCUACUCGUUUAUUUUUACUACCAUCAAUAAACGAAGCCGGAUGGAUUAAGUUAACAAUUGUAAUUUCAAUUAAUAACGAAUUUUUCAUUAUUAGUAAAUAUUUAAUUAAAAGAAGAAAUUAAAAAAAUAUUAAAUGGCUCCAUUUAAAAGAGAACGUCAGCCAAAAAUGACUACGCAGGCACUAUUAGACUUUGAUUUGGGGGAGAGUUCAUCGGAUAGCGAUUUCCGAAUAUCUGAAAAUGAAAGCGGAGGAUCCGUUGGAUCGGCUGAAUCGUCAGAUGAUGAAAACUCUAACGACUCGGAAGAAGGAGAAAGCGAUAAUUCUACGUUACAACUAAAGCAAAUAUUGUCUGGGGAAAAUCUUGAAGCACAUGCAAAUGGAGGAGAUGACUUGGAUGUGAUGUUAAAAGAAUUAGAUAAUAAGGUAGAAGAAACACCUAAGCUUCCAACGAAAUCAAUUUGCUGCGUUUGUCUAGGUGAUCGCAGUGAUGAUUCCAACGAAAUUAUUGAAUGCGAUGGAUGUGGUGUAUCUGUGCACGAAGGAUGUUAUGGAGUUAGUGACAAUGUUAGUAUCUCAAGUACAAAUUCUACUUGUUCUACAGAACCAUGGUUCUGUGAAGCGUGUCGAGCAGGUGUAUCAGAUCCUGCAUGCGAACUAUGCCCAAAUAAAGGUGGCAUUUUUAAAGAGACCGAUGUUGGGCAAUGGGUGCACUUAGUGUGUGCUUUAUAUGUUCCAGGUGUAGCCUUUGGAGAAGUUGAUCAGUUAUCAUCAGUAACCUUAUUUGAAAUGCAAUAUAGUAAAUGGGGAGCCAAAGCCUGUUCAUUAUGCGAAAACUCCCAAUUUGCACGCACUGGUGUGUGCAUUGGAUGCGAUGCAGGGAUGUGCAAAACUUAUUUUCAUGUUACUUGCGCGCAGGCUGCUGGUUUUCUAACAGAAGCUCAUCAUGAGGAAGCAGAAGCAGCUGAUCCUUUUUACGCACAUUGCAAAAUUCAUUCCGAAAAAGAAAUGAUUAAGAAACGAAAACGAAAUUUUCACACCUAUCGCUUAAAUAUGCAACAAAAUCAAAACGACAAGUUGAGAUUUAAAAUGGAUCAUUCAUGCCCGGGACAAAUGCGCAUACAACGCAAACUUCUAAAAUAUCAACGGAAAUAUAUGACACAAAAAAAACUAAAAAUGGAACCCUGGGUACCAACACAGAAAAUGUCACGCCUCUUAACAACAUCUGCAUCAGCGUGUAAACGAUUAUUGAGAAAAGCUGCAACAAUGUCUGUAGACGUAGAGUUAUUAGAGAGGCAAGAAUCACAAAUUGCUGCUUUGACUGAGAUUCGUAAAAAAUGGCACAUAGCUCCAGCAUUUAGCGUCGAAUUUGUUGGGUACUAUUUAGAUCGAAUAUCUCGGUCUCAGGAACUCAAACAGCAACUGAUCGAAAUGAUUGAAGCAAACAACUGCUUAUCCAAAGAGCAAGAUACUUUACGAAAAGACUAUGAUUCUCAAUUAGAGAAAAAUAAGGAACUUAAAGGAGUUCAGGAGCAUGUUAUUUCAAAUAUAAACCUGUUGCAUAAGGAACUAAUGACCCUCUGUCCUAAUAAAUCGCUUCCAAAUCCUAUGAAUAUUGGCCGUGCGCAUCACGACCCUCCAAAACCAUCAGCACAACCUACAAGGCCAAUAUCUGUGUUAACUGCAGCUGCAUUAAAGAUGGGAUGUGGCUUUCCUUUAACUAAUUUGGGUCCACCUGGUACAAUAGUUGAUUCGACGCGUUUGCUUAGUAUGCACGUACAAAAUUCCCCAUCACCUGCCGUAGAAAAUAUUCGCAUCAAAUCAGCGCCAUCUACACCAACACCUGGAGUUCAUACCUAUGAGUGCGGCAUUUGUAAACGUUGUACUGAUCAACACUUGUUGGCAAAAUGUGAUACAUGCCAACUACAUUAUCACUUAGGUUGCCUAAAUCCACCACUUACUCGUCAUCCAAAAAAAUCAAAGCUCUACGGUUGGCAAUGUUCCGAAUGUGACAAGUCAGAUGACUCAGAGGCAAAACCAGAAACACCUAAGGGUCCACGUAAGGCACGUACACGAUUUAACAAAGAUGGUUCAAUCUUAGCAGUCAAAAGUGAAAAACCAUUGUCUGAAAAUUUUGCACAUAAAAGACAUUCGAUGGAUACUUUGGGAAAUACAAAAUUAAUUCCAAACAAAAAAAAAUUAAACGAAACAGCUGACUUUGCUAUUCAGCACAAUUCCGAAAAAUCUCUUCUAACUCCGAUUAUUAAAAAAGCUAAAGUAAAAUUAGAAAGAACAGAUUCAAAUAAAUCUAAAAAAAUGAAAUCUACUACUCCAAAAUCACAAUCCGACAAAAAUGAACUACUUUCUGAUGAACCAGUAUUGUUGGAACUAUCUGAAGCUUCUACUGCAUGUAAUACGAAAAGUGUACAAAGUUCCGAUCCUCUCGCUUUACCAUCAAAUGUAAAUACGACUUUUACAUCGCUUGACGAAACUGUUGAAAUGAAUACUAAAGUAGCUAGAAAACAAAAACGUAAGGAUAAACAUAAAAGUAAGCAUAAUCUUUCUUCGGAUGCUGAGAAAUCUCCAAAUAAAGAGCAUAAACGCAAGCGAAAGAAGAAGCAACAUGAUCAUGAUGUUGGGAAUCCAAACGAUUCAAAUGCAUCUAUUCCGAAAAUUAAAAUUAAAUUUAAAACUUUACCAUUACCCGGUGAAGUAACUCCAGAAGCACAAUUUUUUUAUGUUUCUGCUGAUAUGGUGCGUUCUGCGGAGGAAGGUUCACGACCAACAUCAGUUGAAACAGUCGAAGAUCUAAAUCCAUCUGUUAUAAUGGAGGACAUAUCAGUUACUUCGAACAACAUUUCAACAAUUUCAAAUACAGCAAUACAUACGUCAACACCAACUAGUUCGAAGAUAACUCCACGUAAAACCAGUCCCAGAAAAUUGGCUCAAAAAGCAUUCAAUGCCAGGACUAAAACAAAUUUUUCAACCAAAGGAACAACAAAUUUAAAUUGUUGUGUUUGUCAAAAAACGGGUCUACAAGGAAAUGUUGUUACUUGUGACGAGUGUCGUAAGCAAUAUCAUUUCACCUGCUUGGACCCACCCGUUAAAAAGACGCCUAAAAUACGAGGCUAUUCCUGGCACUGCGCUGAUUGCGAUCCUACUGAUGAAGAUACAAAAAACCCUCGUCAUUCACUGAAGUAAAUUAUGUUAAAUAACAUAAUGUUUUUAUAAUAUUACAUUACUUAUGUGUAUGCAAAAUAGUUUUUA